GAAGCAGUUGGCAACGCGAAGCAACACGUGUGAUUAAUAAACAGCUGUGCAAGCCGCAUUUUGUUUGGAACUUCAGCAAUUUUAAAUUAAAUAAAAAUUAUAACUAUAAAAUGUCUGCAAGCAAGCAAAAGAAACUGAAUGAUAUGGAAGUGGACCCUAACGGUAACGAAUCCAGCUCAAGUGAUGAUGACGACGAUGACGAACCGCAUCCAGAAGCUUACAGAGGAAACGAGGAAGUUGAAAUAGAUUUCGAAGGCCGUGCCCCGGUGGAUCCAGAUGCCCAGGGUAUCUCCCAAUUGCUGCAGCGCCUGUUCCUGCGAGCCCACAUCAAUUGCAACCAAAUGGCUGAUUUGAUUAUUGCACAAAACUACGUAGGAAGCGUAAUAUGCCAGUGCGAUGAUGACGAGCCCGUUAGCGAAACGGAUGAUGACAACAUGGUAGAGGAUGGCACAGUUUUCGGAAUCACCUCCGUUCUGAAUUUGACGGCCAAGAAGGACCAGCCCAGUAUUGCCCAGCUGCGCACCUACUUACUGGAUCGAGCCAAGACACAUGCCUCGGAAAGUGUUCAGCAGCAGUUAAAAGAACUUCUGGACAAUGAGCAGCGGCAUGUGGGAUUCCUCAUCAACGAACGUUUCAUUAAUAUCCCAGCACAGAUCUCGGUGCCUCUUCUGCAGAACCUGCAGCAGGAAAUAGAUGCCGCCAAGGCUAAGAAAAUGAAGUUUGACUUUGGCAGUCUGUUCCUUCUGGUUAAGUUCUAUCGGAAAGAAGCGAAGAAGGGCAAACCGGCUGAGGAUAACUACACCAACGCCGAGGACGAGCUACUUUCGGACCGAGCCAAGAUAUCCUUUGAGUAUUCAGUGGCUUCGGAAACAGAUUCCGGCAUGUCUGGGGAUUGGCUGGAGGGCGAUGCUGUCAUGACACCCUACAGGAAACUGUUGGUCCUGGAGGCCAAGCAACUACCGCAACUAAUCAAUGACAUUCAAAGCUUCAUCAAUGGUGAAUAAAUUCUGUGUCUAUCUGUUA